AUGGUUGACUCUGGUGAAUAUGGCUGUGGACAAUCUAUGUCUUCACUCCAACCAUUCACUGAUUGCCCUCCCAAUGCUGCAUUCAUAGAUGCAUACUUUGCUGGUUCAGAUGGUACUCCUGCAAAGAUAGCCAAUGCCUUCUGCAUAUUUGAAAAGUAUGCUGGUGAUAUCAUGUGGCGUCACACUGAAAUUUCAAUCCCAUAUGAAGUGAUAACUGAGGUCAGUUCAGACGUAACCCUAGUGGUUAGAAUAGUUUCAACAGUGGGCAACUACGAUUAUGUUAUAGAUUGGGAAUUUAAGCCAAGUGGAAGCAUCAAAAUUGGGGCAGGGACAUACACCCACACAGAUCAAAUAAAAGAAGACAUCUUCGGCACACUGCUAGCAGAUAAUACCAUAGGUGUCUACCAUGAUCACUUCUUCACCUAUUAUCUUGACCUCGACAUUGAUGGUGAAGUCAACUCCUUGGUGAAGUCUAACUUAGAGACAGUGAAAGUGAAAGAUGACAACAUACGAAGGAAAAGUCGUUGGACAGUUGUAAGUGAAACGGCAAAAACAGAAGCUGAUGCGAGGAUCAACCUGGGUUUAAAGCCUUCAGAGAUACUAGUGGUAAAUCCUAAUCGAAGGACAAAACAAGAGGUGAUGAUACUAUUGCUGUUUGGAGUUCCAGGGAGGGAUAGGGAUAUAGAGAAGAAGGACAUAGUACUGUGGUACAUGAUGGGAUUUCAUCAUGUUCCUUCCCAAGAAGACUUUCCAGUUAUGCCAACAUUGAAUGGAGGCUUUGAACUAAGGCCAACCAAUUUCUUCCAGAGCAACCCUGUCCUUAAAACAAAGUCACCCAAGCCUCUGCAUCGGCCAAACUGCACUUUUCAACAUUAG